UGUAAAUUUUGAAACAUGAAUUUCCUCUAUUCAGAGCUGAUUCGGCUUGGAGUGGAGCUUAGUUGUGCAAAUCGUCUCCCAGCUGACCUUUCUGCAAGGUGUUUUUCAAGUAUCUAGAAUGGCCAGCAAGAAGGAACCUCCUUUCUUCAACGAGGAUAACGUGGGGGCAUGUCACUACAGACUUGCUUUCUAUGAGACUAUGGAGCUCUUCAUCGAAACGCUUACAGGAACGUGCUUUGAGCUGCGAGUCUCUCCUUUUGAAACUGUUGUUUCUGUGAAAGCUAAAAUCCAGAGGCUAGAAGGUAUCCCUGUAUCUCAGCAGCACUUGAUCUGGAAUGACGUGGAGCUGGAGGAUUAUGACUGUUUAAAUGAUUACAACAUUUCGGAAGGUUGCACUUUGAAGUUGAUACUGGCCAUGCGAGGUGGACCUAUUAAUAUCAGAAGGGUUCCUGUGAAGUAUCCAAUUAGGGAAAUAACUGGAUGCAUGGAUCCAAGUCGAGAGGACAUCUGGGAAAAGGCUCCAUCCAGCAAACAGGUUACCUUUUUGGUAUAUCGGGAAGGAGACCAGUUGAAUUUCUUCCGUGUUGUGGACAGGGGAGAUGGAACUUUAACACCACUGUCUGAAUCUUUUAGUGGUGAUUCAGUUUAUAGUUUGUAUGGUAGUGAUGAUGAAGAUACAGAAGCAUCGUCUUCAGGUCAACAGAUUAUUGAAAACUUCAUUACAAUGAAUAAGAUGAAGCUGCUCAAGGCCAAGAUGGAAAAUAUGAACCUCAGCAAAAAGCCUAGGAAAGUUGUCGGUGUGAAGCCACGCCCUCCAGCGGGGCCUCGCCCGACCAGUGGCUCGACAGCAGCUCCUCGGCCUAAGUUCUUGCGAGCGUUGCCUCACAUUGGGCAGCGCUGCCUUCCUCCUGGAACUGCAUGCCCUGCAGAGAUGCCCCAGAAGGCCCUUCCACCCUUGGCGGCUGCUGGUGGGAAGACACUGUUCCUCGCGCGUGAGGCACUUAAGGGAAACGGAGCCUGGGCGAGUGCCAUGCUGCCCGCAAGGGUUGGCAGCAUUGAGCUGCCAACCAGUGAAUCGCGCACAGAGCAAGAAGGGGCCGCGCUGCCCACAGACAGUUCGGCUCUUCCAGUCCCAGCCCUUCCUCAACGUGUCGGAAAACAUGCAGAAUGUGGUGCCUUGACAAAGGAGAGUGACCCUUCAUUGUAUCUGGAUUCCGCAAAUGUCAGCCUGCCUGCCACUGAAGAAACAUUUCUACCAAACACAGACGCUCUUGCCUUGUUAGCAGAAGCAAACUUCUCCGAGCCGUGCGCUGAAUCAUGUGGAGCAGGAAAAGUGAAUACAGAGCUUCAGUUAUCAGAGGGAAAUGAGGACUGUGCCACUGCAGAGCAGCCUAGCAAAUCCACUCUUAAAUUCCUGACUUCGGCAAGAAUAGGGGCAAGUAUACUUAACUCUCGCGAGUUAAGUCCUCAGAAGAACAGUCGGCUGUCGCCACUUCACUGUUCAGGACAGCGGGCGUCCUGCAGCCCUCACAGACCUCAGACUCAGGCCAAGUGUUUUGAGGUGGGGAACUGGAGGCCUGCUGCCUCGCCAAACAUUCUGCAGGCAUCGGAGGUCCACAGUUUAGCUGACUCCCCUUAUUCAAGGGCUUCUAGAUUGCAUGGCAUUGGCAUAGACUCACCUGGCAAAAGACCUGAUAUCCAUUCUAAAGCUGAGGCAAAGGAAAGCACCGAAGUGGCUAUCAAGGCAUCCAAAGACCCUGCAGUUUCUCUAAAUAGUGUUGGGUUGCUAAGUUCAUUGACUCGAAGCACGAACAGAGAUGGCUUACAGAAUCCCUAUGGGGCAGGCCGGUUCCAGGCUUCAGGUGUUGCCCUCUCUACAAAUCUCCAGCAUUUUCAGGAAGAUUUUAGAGUAUCUUCUGCCCACAAAGAUAGGCCUGGGUACUUUCUGUCUUCUGGGCUUGGAUUGACGGGAAAUGCUGUGAUGGCAGGGAAGAGAAUGGGUGAUGCAGCUCAUCUCCCGCCUGUCAAUGGUUCAGUUCACACUAAAAAGAAAAUUGUAAAGCAUUGCUUCUUUUGUGGAAAGAAAACUGGAUUAGCAACUAGCUACGAAUGUAGAUGUGGAAACAACUUCUGUGCAACUCACCGCUAUGCGGAGACGCACAUCUGUACCUACGACUACAAGAGUGUGGGGAGGAGAUGCUUGCAGGAGUCCAACCCUGUUGUCAGCGCACCAAAGCUGCCCAAGAUCUAAAUCCGGCUGCGGGGCCAGCACACCCUCCCACGCCCCCCUGUUGCGCUGCGGGAAGGAACAGUGCGCUGGCCUCCUGCUUUUGCUGCUCCAAAUCUGAAGAUUGCUGAGAGAAGCUGCACAAUGUGGAAGAAUAAUGGGAGCGCUACUGACAUCUUUUAUUCUUUCAUGGAUCAAAAAAAGUAGUUUUUGAAAAUGUACAUUUCGAUUUAACUGUUACUAUAUAUCUUGUGUUAAGUGUUUUAUAUUUGAAAACCUCUUUCACUAGACAAGUCUUUUAAAAGAUGCACUUUACCAAGUUUUAAUAUAUAUUUUUUAAUGAGGAGCUCAUGUCAUCUCGCCUGUAUCCUACCUGGCUUUUGUCCACUCUGGGAUAUCUUGUUUGUGCGCAGCGUUCUGCAUCACGCAGGGCCAGCCCCUUCAGGGUCCAGCGAGCUUCAUCUGCGCACCCAGCUGCACUUAGAUUGCUACUCAUUCAGAUUGUCAUCAGUGUUGCAUUCUGGUCUGGAAGUACCGUAUCAUGUUAAGCCCAGUCAUUCUUACCGGGUUGUUUUUGGGGGUUGGGGGGUUGCUUUUUUUAUACGAAAGA